AUGAAGGAGCAUGCCGAGUUCGGAAACCUUUUGUCGAACGCCAAGCAGCGACUUUACAACAUGUUCGGCCAACAGGACAUGAAAACCUACCUGGAGCGCAAAGCCAACGAGUGGAGAAUUCUCGGAGAUCUUGUGGACGGUGCCGGAGAGGGCUGCUACUGCGAAGAGCAUGGUGUCAUCAUGAUCAGCCCCCACGGGCACUUCAGCUGCAUCUUUCGAUGGGAUGCGGUAACUUACAGAUUUCACUUGCAGUGA